AUGUCUUCUCCUCGUGCCUCUCCCCCACCUCCGCGCCCGCUGCGGUCGGUGUUAGCUCUGGCCGCCCCUCCUCGCCUCCUCCCCCCGGCGGUGCCCGCACCGCCAUCCGUCGCCGUGCUGCUGCCGACCAGAAGGAGAAGAUCGCCAAUGCCCGCCCCAACAGCACGCGCGCCGCUGGCGCUGGUGGCUCUAGCAGCACCAUGCUCCGUCUCUACACCGAUGAGAGCCCCGGCCUCAAGGUCGACCCCGUUGUCGUCCUGGUUCUGUCGCUUGUCUUCAUCUUCAGCGUUGUCGCCCUUCACAUCAUCGCCAAGAUCACCCGCAAGUUCUCCAGCUAAACGGGUUAAACACCAGCAAAGCAACAAUUCUUAUUCGAAGCGAUCUGGUUCCUCUUUGGCGCGGCUGCACUCUUCAUACAGUGGCUGA